AUGGGAGUGAAGGCUGACGGUCGGCAGCUACACCAUUCGGACUUUGCUGAUGACAUUGUACUGAUAACAUCUAGCAUCAGCCAAGCGGAACGAAUCUUGACUGAGUUCGACGAAACAUGUGGAUGCAUCGGUCUUCAACUGAAUCUGCAAAAGACGAUAUUCAUGCGUGACGGAUGGCUUUUGGAAGCCUCAUUCACGCUCAGCGGAACGAAAAUAUCCGAAUGCACCAGAUACGUUUAUCUGGGUCGAGAAUUGAACAUGAAGAACGACUGA